GCUGCUAGAGGCGCUGUAACAUUUCAACUUUCACUUUUCAUUCACAAAACAAGUAACGUCUUUCAAGUUCAUCGUCAUCGUCUGUGCUAUUUUGGUAUUUGUUUAUUAUAAAGGUAUGGCUAAACGUGUGGCUGUAGUGUUGGCUGGUUGUGGGGUGUUUGAUGGAAGUGAAAUCCACGAAGCGUCUGCUGUCCUGGUUCAUUUGAGCCGUCAGCAAGCUAUUGUCAAAAUAUUUGCACCCAACAUUGAUCAGAUGCAUGUUGUAGACCACUUGAAAGGUUCUCCAACAGAGGAAAAAAGGAAUGUGCUUGUGGAAAGUGCCAGACUUGCCAGAGGUGAUAUCCAAGACCUCUCCCAGCUCAAUGUGAAGGAGUUGGAUGCCAUCAUCUUUCCUGGUGGUUUUGGAGCAGCUAAGAAUCUGUGUAGUUGGGCUGUCAAGGGGAAAGACUGUUCUGUCAACGAAGAGGUUACAAAAGUGCUACAGGCUUUCCAUGCAGAGAAGAAACCUAUUGGCUUGUGCUGUAUCUCACCUGUGCUGGCAGCAAAGGUUUUCCCUGGAUGUGAAGUGACUGUUGGCCAUGACAAAGAUGAAAGAUAUCCAGAUGUUCCUGACACUGCAGAAGCGAUAACUCAACUUGGUUGCAAGCAUAUCUGUAAGCAUGUCAAUGAAGCCCAUGUUGAUGAAAAAAAUAAGAUUGUUACCACCUGUGCAUUUAUGUGUAAGGCACCAAUUCAUGAAAUAUUUGAUGGCAUUGGAGUGAUGGUACAGGAGGUGUUAAAACUCGCAUGAAUUAUGAUUCAAUUGGUCAUGUCUUUAUGAGUUUUUAUUUAAAGCUUACAUCUAUAAUUAUCUGAAUAAACCUGCAAGUGCCAGUUAA